AUGUCGACGGCGUUGAAGAACGUGAGCGGCAAGAUGCACCUUCCGGUGCCUCCUGUUUGGAGCAGGGACCCGAAAUCGUCUAUCCUGGAGCAGCUCGACACGCUCGUCAUGCGCUACAUCCCCCAGCUCGAGGGCGUAAUGGUAACGCACAAAGACGCACGCUUCCUUAGUGCCCUCGGCGGGAUCAACGGCGACUCGGCGUUUGGCGUGGCGCCGGUGGCUUUUUCGGCGCUGGUAUGGCGCCCGGAAAUCGGCAUGGUGCUGGAGGGAACCAUUACCCUGUCGUCGCCGAGCCAUGUGUCGCUGCUCUUGCACGACACGUUCAACGCGGCCAUCUCGGCGCAGCAUCUGCCGAGCGCCAAGUACGAGUUUGUGCACUACGACGACGACGAUGUCCAGCGCACCGAUCCCAAGGACCGCUCGGUCGGGUUCUGGCGUCACAAAAAGACGGGCGCGCGCCUCGGCGGCGAGUCGCACACGCUCAAGUUCACCGUGAUUAGCAUGACGGUCGCGAAUCAUAUGCUGUCGCUGCACGGCAGCCUGCUCAAGGAUCCGUUCAGCGUCGCGCCGCCGCGCCCGGGCUCGCUGAGCUUCGACCAGGCGCUCGCUGCGACGGAAUCGAGCGAGCCGCAGGAAGACGAGCCGCAGGACGAGGAGCCGGUCAAGCCGCGCAAGGUCCGCUGGGACGACGACGACUCGGACCGCGCCGAAGAGGAAGACAAGCGCGCAGAAGAGACCGGCGAGCCUAUGGAAGUCGAAGACAAUGGCGAGGACAGCGACGAGAACCAGGACGACUAUAACGAGCAGGCGGGCUCGGACUCGGACCCGAGCGAUGUCAGCGACGAGGACGCGCCCGCGCCGGUCGCGCAGCCCAAGGAGAAGAAGAAGAAGGAAAAGAAGGACAAGGACAAGAAGGAGAAGAAGGAGAAGAAGGAGAAGAAGGAGAAAAAAGAAAAGAAGGAAAAGAAGGCGAAAAAGGACGCAUCGUCCAAGCGGUCCAAGUCGGAGGAGGACAAGCCGAAAAAAAAGAAGCGCACUUCCGAGUAA